AACAUCCAAUAAGAACCAGAAAGAGAAAACCGAGGAAAUAUGGUUCUCUUCAAAAAACAAAAAUUCCUUUAAGGACACUGAGCUUUUAGACCAUAGCUCACUUUCUCAUCAGGAUUUCAUUUGUUAUUAGAUGAGUCUGUGGUUGCUGAAGUGUAUACCCAUGUUGUCUGGUGCGCUGUAGCUUUAACGCUGUAAAACUACAACACGUGGAUUUAUUCACAAUCACCAACCGGCGUUUCUACUCAUAACACAGCCAUCGGAGAUAACGAGGAUUUCACAAUAUGGACUACUUGCCAGAUGACAACUCCAGGUACAAAGACGUUGACUACUGGGAUGAAAGAUACAAGACAGAGCACAGUUACGACUGGCUUGGCAGGUUCUCCAAAUUCCAGCACCUUCUGGAAAAACACGUCAAGAAAGAAGACUCUAUUCUCGUACUUGGUUGUGGAAACAGCAGUAUGAGUGGCGACAUGUAUGACGCUGGCUACCACUCCAUUACCAACAUAGACUACUCCUCAGUGUGCAUCAGUACAAUGAGUGCCAGGCACAGCAACUGCCCGGGUAUGAUGUGGCAUGAGAUGGAUGUUCGGCAGCUCUCCUUCCCUGAUGCGUACUUUGAUGUUGUCCUGGAGAAGGCCACUCUGGAUGCCAUGAUGGUGGAAGAGAAGACACCUUGGGAGAUAUCUCCUCAGACUGCAGAUUUCAUCCACAAGGCACUUACAGAGAUUAGUCGCUGCUUGAAGCCCGGAGGACGAUUUGUCUCUGUCACCUUCACCACGCCCUUCUUCAGGAAACGCCUCUAUGCUCGCUCAGAGUACAACUGGUCAGUUGCACAGUACAGUUACGGAGACGGCUUUGAAUUUUUCGUUUAUGUGAUGACCAAAGGAGAGGAACUCAGCCCAGAAGAUGUAGCGCUGGAGAAAAAGCUACAAGAGGAAAACAAAUCCCCACUACCCAGGGUUGCCAGAAUACAAUACAAUACAAUACAAAAUGAGACAGAGGAAGACUUCCUGUCUGAUUUUAACUUGUAAGAUGACUGAAUUAUCUAAAGGAAACUUAGCUUUGGACUGUGAUAGUGACUUCAGAAACUCAGCCUUAUUCCUCCAAAUGCAGUACAAACUUUCUGUUAGCUCAGAUUUCUGCCUUACUGUUAAUAUGUGUUAAUAUGUCAUUUUAUAAUUGUAUACAUCAUUUCUGAGGCAUGAACACAGCGAAUACGAGCUUUAGACUAAUCAACACUGAGGACUCUUAAUAUAAAUAAAAUGACAUAAAAUGUAAUUUUCGUCAUAACAGACAUUGGGAUCAAUAUUCUGUAAAUUAAUCUGACAAGUUAAGAUAAGACAAAUAGAUGGGAAUGUCCAUUUUAAACUAAACUAACUAAACAGAUGAUUUAAAUUAAAAAAAAAAAAAAAAAAAAAAUCAACAUUCUUCACCGCGUGGAUAUGUCCAAUGUAGUCACUGAACCAGGAAAAAUAAUGUUUGAAACUGCUCAAAAGGAAACAUGUGGUGUUUAUUUUGCAUGUACACACUAUUUACAAUAGUCACACGGACAAAAAAGUGUCUAAUUGCGCCUGGGUGGGAAUAGUCAAACUAUCCAGCUGUUACACCUCACCUGGCUUCCUUACCACUCUGCAUCAUCGUUAUGCCUCUGUGCUGGCGGUAGCCACGACCAGAUGAAUUAUGUUUCUGGUUUUUCAUCCAACCUUCCCAUUCCUGUGAUUUCUCAGGAAUUUCUUCAAACUUGGCACAAACGUUGGACUCAAGGAUGAACUGACUGGUGAAAAGUCGGUAUGACCUCAUGUUCAUCCCAUUCAAUUCUAAUUUAACCAAAGACCAUGAGAGGAAUUGUUGCUUGGUAAAAAUUCCACAGUAAAAUCACUUAAUCCUACCAUGAACAUUGUUCUGUUGCUGUUGAGUCAGUUUGAUUGUGAUUGCUGGAGUAAUUUGUAGUCAUGUAUUUUCUUCAUUUCUGUCAUAAUUUUCUGAAGCAGCUUUUACUGAGUUUCUCUUCAAGUGCAGUUCAUAAUAGAAACUUUCAUAAAGCAAUUUUACAUCCCAGUGUCCGUAACUGUCCUGACUGCCUGUACAUCAGAAAGAUUCAACAGUAGUGAUGUACAAGCCUGCGAGUGUUGUGCAAUUUGCUAGACAAACUGACAUGUCUAGACACAGUACAUAACAGCAGCAUCGGCAUGCAUGUAAAGUCAGUGUUAAACUCUAUUAAUAUGUCAGUCAGAGUCUCCUCUUCUCUUGGGGUUGUCUGCCUCUUUCCCAUGUCUGCUUUAGAUUCCAGACAAAAGCUGCUGAUGGGGUUACGCAGCGUCUGACACACCUGUCGAGCCCAGUGAUGCCACGUGUGGGCACACACCCAUGUACAUACAAGCAAAGGCUCACCCUGCGUGUUAUUUGUUGAGGAAACAUGAGAUGGGUCUCUGCUCCUGUCCUCUCUGCUGCUUAAAUAUAGACCAGAUAGGGAGAAAGAGCCAGGCUUGCAGACAGGCAGGAAGGCUGGCGACUGGAGGGAGGGGGGGGCACAUUGAUAAAGUAGAAAUCAUUUAUUUUUAAUUCUCCAGUGAGAUCUAAUUACUGCCUAUUUUUAAGACUUGGGGGGAAAAAAAGGGUGUGUGAUUUUUCAGAUGGCUCCUCUUUGGUUCUGUGGUUUUCUGCUGGUGGAAUGUGGUAGUUCGUUUAACUUGGAUGAUGAUGACAACACAACUUUUGAUGGUAUCGUAUGAUCUUCCCCCAGCAGAUGGAGUUGGCCCAGUUGCUAUGGAUCUGCAUUCAGUUUCUGCACUUUAAGCUUUCUGUUCCCAAAUUACACAUGCACGGUUUGUGAUGAUAACUACGACACCUACGAAAUGAAAUUCAGCAGUGAGUCCCAGUUUGAGUCACAGAUCAACAAAACCAGAUUUUCAUUUUUAGCCAGCAAAUGUUGAUUCUAAUCUUGAAAAUACCAGUUGACAAAACAGUUUCAGUCUCUGUAGGACCUCUUCUGGCUCUGAAGAUUCAUUCAUAACUUGGCCAACUCCACCUGCUGAGGAAGGUUGUGUGAUGUGAUUGAAUGCUCUCGAUCAGCUACCAAAUGGACCUUGUGGUGUGAUUGUUUCAUCAAGUACCAUUGAUGCCCUGAAAAAUGUAACUUUUAAAUGCUUAUUUUUGUGUGUCUUUUAUACUGAAAGAGGAUUUCUAGCAUACUAAAAAAAAACAGUGGAACAUGA